UUUACCAAAAGAUUACAAUAUGGUAAUUACACAAAUUAGCAAUUCUAUUGGCAAUAAUGAUAUAUGGAUUAGCGUCGAUGAAAUGACGGACAGAUUAGGAAGAUACAUAGCCUAUUUAGUAAUUGGAAAGUUAUCUUCUGAAGAAGCUGGCCGUCCAUUUCUACUAGCUUUGAAGCAGCUUGAUAAAACUAAUAGCAACACAAUCUCGACAUUUAUAAACGAAUCAUUGGGUUUAUUGUGGCCAAAAGGAACUGAACACAAAAAAGUUAAAUGGUUUGUAUCAGAUGGUGCUUCAUACAUGAUCAAAACUGGUACUAAUUUGAAGGUGUUUUAUGAAAAUAUAACUCACUUAACAUGUACGACACAUGGGUUACAUUUAGACUGAAUUAUCCAGAUGUCAAUGGGAUAAUUAGCAAUGUUAAGAGAAUCUUUUUAAAAGCACCAGUAAGAGUAGAGUUUUAUAAAAACAGUUUGCCAAAUACACCUCUCCCACCUGUAUUAACCAGGUGGGGCACUUGGAUUCAAGCAGCAUUAUUUUAUGCAGAACACUUUGAUGUUUUAAAACAAGUUGUAAUGACAUUUGAAACCACACAAAGCAUUAAAAAAGCUCAAGAAUUCCUGAAUAAAGCAAACAUUAAAAAUGAACUAUUGUACAUUAAAACUCACUUUAAAAUUAUUGCUGAUGCAAUAGAACAAUU